CUCAACCCGGCCGGCUUCAUAAUCAUGAUAAUCAUAUUAUUAUCAUCAUUCAUUGUCACUUUAUAUCUCUUCGCUGUGCGAUCUCCUAAAUAAUGGAAAAUGAAUAACUUAACUUUUCAAGUGUACGAGGCAAAUCUCUUCGAGGAAUCUUUUAAUAAAGGCGAUUCACCUCUCGUUUCCCCUCUUCAGUCAUCAUACGCUGGCUCUACAAAUUUCUCUAGCGUAGAUGCAAGCGGAUCUGCACCCGAUUCGGACACAUCCAAUCUACGAAGGCUCAUAGAGAAUGAUACCUUCUUGAAAAACGUGUCCAAAAAUGAUUCUGAAAAUUUUCUGAACGUAGGAUACUCCAGAUUAAAGAAUUCCCCAAACUGUAAGUCCAGUCCAAAACCUCAGACAAUGGACACAUCAACCGCUUCAAGUACAAAUCAUCAGUUUCUUGGUUUAUCAUAUUGUCUAAAUAAGCGUGGCUCCAAGAGUCCCGAUUCCGGGUGUCUUCAAUCUUUGAUGACAAGUUUAGAAGAGGCGACUGAUCCCAACAAGACCAAUCCAAAAACAAUUUCUGGCCUCCAAUUGAUGAGGCUAAUCGAGACUACAAAAUUUCAAGAAACUUUGAUAAAUCUCGGGAAUGAUUUGGUCAAGUCCUCAAAGGAAAUUACCGUCAAUCAGUUGGCUCAAGUUCUUGUCGAAAUGUUACAGACUGAUUCGAGUUGCUCAAAUAGCUUCUUUAAUUCAACAACGAUUUUGAAGCUGAGUGAGAAAAAAAUAGAGGACGAGUCCUCUCUCAGCGAUUUGUAUUUUGAUUUUUCUCAUUCUUCACCAACCAUAUCAUCGAAAACACCAGAAAAGUCUUUCGAAGUGAAGACAGAAGAGGGUUCUAGUGGAGAAACCAGGAAGGAACAGACCAAGAUUCCUCUGUUCGCCAAUAUUGAAUCUAACAAGCAGAAUCCAAUUUUGCAGAUCAUUAAAAAAGAAAUAGUUUCUCCCAAGAAAAACAAAAAUCGCUUUUCCUCCAAAGUUUGGCAGUAUCCUAGUUUCAAAAAAAUUAUCUUCAAACCGCAGAAGAAAAAAUACGUCGCGUCUCCUCGCUUUAAGCAAAAUGAAUAUAAUGAAAAAGAUAUUGUAAAUUCUACCACCGACAGCGAAGCACUUUUUUUGCAUUUGGAGCAAAACCUUGUGCUUGAGGAGAAGGAAUCUCAAAAUAAUCUGAGAAGGAGUGUGUUGAUGGAUAGCAUCUUAAAAGAAGAAUCUACAACUUCUGAGGAUUUUAAAUUGAUCAAGGAUAAUCCAGAAAUUACCAAAAAUAAAAAACUUCCUGAAAAGACAUCACAAUGUUCUGAUAAUAAGUCGGAGGAGAGGAGCAAGAAAUCCGCAAGGCAGAGAAUUAAGUCGGUUGAAAAUAUUUCUCAUCGGGAGCAAAAAAAUUUUGUGUCAAAAAAUGCUUUUCCGUCAAUCAAAAGAAAAAAGUUUUUGGGUCAAAAGAAUAACUUUUCUUCGCCUAAACCGACAGUGAAGAUCGGACUUACCUCUUCAACCAAAUCGCCAAUGUUAGCCAAAAUUCAGCACUGGGGAAGAAAACAUUGUUCUAAUUGGAAGUCACCCAGAAAAAGUUCCAACAGCAACAAAUCUAUUGUUAUCGAUUCGAGUAGUCUUCGCCCAGUUUCACUAACAAGGCAACUUUUUUCCCCUGCCGCAAAAGCACAAGGAUUUCCACGAGGCAUCCCACCAAUUAAAAUAACAGAAUCUUCGAAAGUAAGUUUGCAUAGCACUCCGAAGGAUCUGAAUCAUGAGAAAAUUUCCCAAUCAAAAUCUGCAAAAAAUAACUCGCCAAAGAAACCCUGGAGGUGAUAUUUUUUAAAAAAAUAUUUUAUUCUUUUCCUUAAUUAAAAAUCCAUAAACUUUUACUAUCUUUGAUAACAUAAUCGGUAAUUUAAAUAAUGGAAAGAGGCAGCUAAAAUCUCGAAUUAUAUCUAUGAAGCAUUGAAAAUGUUUAUGCUCGUUAUGUUAAUGUGUUAAUUAUUUAUUGUUAAUUUCUACGAAUUUUUAAGGAAAAAUCAAAGCGUCCUUGAGAAAAAUGGUUUAUUUUACAAUUUUCAUAUG